GAUGUCAUGUUUGACAGAACAAUUUGCGAAAUGCCUGAAGCAGCGAAGUCCGCGCCCAAGAAGGGCUCUAAGAAAGCCGUAACCAAGACUGCCGGGAAAGGUGGGAAGAAACGCAGAAAGAGCAGGAAGGAGAGCUAUGCGAUCUAUGUGUACAAGGUGCUGAAGCAAGUUCAUCCUGACACUGGUAUCUCUUCUAAGGCAAUGGGUAUCAUGAACUCGUUUGUUAACGACAUUUUCGAGCGAAUUGCUGGUGAGUCUUCUCGUUUGGCUCACUACAACAAGCGUUCUACCAUCACUUCAAGGGAGAUUCAGACCGCCGUGCGCCUGCUGCUGCCAGGAGAGCUGGCUAAACACGCGGUGUCUGAGGGCACAAAGGCUGUCACGAAGUACACCAGCUCCAAGUAAUCGGUGGCGCAUUACUACUUGACCAAAGGCUCUUUUAAGAGCCACC